AUGUGUGUACGCAAGAACCUUGUCUAUACCAAGUGCCAGCAUUCGAGGGUGGCGUUCACAUUUCGGUGCGACCAUCAAACCAAAACCAUCUUCGGAAUAAGAAGCUCAAUGACUGAUUGCAACAACUUCGAGGAGUCAGACACAGAGCAGGAAUCGCUAUGCCCCAGCUGCGCUCGCAAGGAAGCGGUCAGGGUUGGACUGCAGCCGCGGCCGAACAGCCUUGACCGACGGCUCCGGACCCAGAACGGCACGUCUUCCUGCGGUUCGUCGACCGCAUCACGAUCUACCCGCAGCAGCAACACCAGCAACAGCACGGGCUCGGUGGUCAGCCGGGCCAGCACCACCCCCAGCGAGCAUGAUGCCUUGGAAGCAUCGAUGCAGGCCAUCAUCGACUUGAAGGUGCAAGAGUCGACCAAGGCGUUUGAGGCUGCCGGCGGGAUGAGGAGCCUGACCACCAGCUCCGCCACUGACUGUCAGUCAUCGUCACCUACAUCACGCCAGAUUGAUCAGAAGACUACCGAUUCUUUGCCAGCGACGCUGGCCUUGGCCGUGGAGAUGACCAAUGCUAGAGCUAUCGUGGUGGAGAUUACUCCGGCCCGCGCGCCUACCAAGGCUGACAUGGCCGGGGCGGCCAUCCGGGGCGCAUUUGCGCCGCAGUUUGCUGGGGUACCGGCGACGGCGACAGCAACGGCACCAGCGGCGACGGCAUUUCCAGCUCCUCCUAAAAUCAGUGAAAAUUCAAGGGCCACACAGUACUACUACUCCACAUACAAAGCGCCCUCGCUGGAAGAAUCGACCAGAACUCGAGACAAUGAUGCCAUCUCGAUCAUGAGCACAGGACCCGACUUUGGCAACGAGAGCUCCUUCGGUCUUCAAAGAAACGACUCCCUGUUUCUCCCCACAGCAGAGAAGACCGAUAAGAAGACUAGGGACGAGGACCACCGGGGUGAAGUCACCGUAUCAUCACCUGAUGCUGUCCUCAAACCAGGCGCCGCACGGAAGAAUGACAGAGACAGCCUCCCGAGUGGGAGAAUCGCCGAGGAGCGACUAAGAGGCAAGUCGGGUGCGAGGGAGCAGGAUCCAGCAACUCGCAUCAUGCCCAUCCUUCUCGAGCCCUCGAGCGUUGGCAACGACUAUGCCAAGUUCUGUGCGGAUAUUGCAGUCAAGCGAGACGCGCAGAGCAAGGUGCACGUUUCCGGCCAGCGCGCAUACGCCGGAGAAGGGUACUACAAGAACUACUCCCUCCCUAGCCGCGGCCUGGCGAAACCAAAGGCUGCCACCACAGCAGUCACAACCAACACCUACACGGUAGAGCCUAUCCAACCCAGGAGAGUAGAUGCUCACAUUCCCCUGGACAAACCUCUACCCCGCUCGCCGAGGAACGAAUCCUGGGAGGCGGGCGACGACAAGAAUCCCCUCCCGACGCGAGCACGCAGGAGCCGCGCGACGAGUGACAAUGGCAGGUCGAGCGGCACGCCUGCGGUGACCCUGGCGUCUUCUCACAAGACGAGAAAGGUCAGGUCCCAGCCGGGGGAGAGAAGCGAUCAGGAUUUGGACGAUGACGAGACCUUUUUCGUCCCUCGGCGUCCCCGCCCGACAUUCAUCGAGGCGAGCCCAGUGACCCCUCAGUCUGUCCCUGCCUCUUUGGCAAUCGCAGGCGGGAAGACGCUCCGGCGAACCAAGGCCCUGCCCACCAAGGAUGGGAUGUCAGACUACCUGGCUUAA